CAGUUUUCUUCAUUCCGCCGCCGACGACGCAAGCGCUCGGUUGUGUGCUCGCUCGAGAGGUCUCAACCCUCCCACUCAUUACUGCUUGAUUCGCGUUCGAGUGCCGGAUUCCUAGAGUCUUUAAGCGAAUCGUACCCCUUCGACUGGAGUUCCGGCUUAAAAACAGCUCUCACAACCCAAUCCUAGCCAAUAGACAUGGCUGAGAAUGAGCCGCUGAACGACCAGAAGCAGGUAAAUGGACGCAUCCUACCCUCCAAUGGACACAUCGCACCGGUAGCCAAUGGCGUGGUUCAUGCCAAUGGCAAGGAACUCGUGAAGCCCCCUGCUCCGGUUCAAAAUGGAAACGGGACACACAUCGAAGCACCUUGCUGUCGGGAUAUACACGGCAAGGAGCCUCCGGAUGGAGGAGCCCGCGCCUGGCUGGUCAUGGUGAGCGCCUUCCUCUGCAACGGCAUCAUCUUCGGAUUCAUCAACACAUACGGCGUAAUACACUCGCUGCUGACGGACCGUCUCACAAAACUUGGAGACCCGGAGGCCUCCAGCAAGGCGGCUUUGAUUGGGGCCCUGGCCAUUGGCACCACAUUCCUCUUCUCCACAAUGGCUGGCUGCCUUACCGACAAGAUCGGACUGCGGCUGACCACAUUCGCCGGUGGUGUCCUUUCGGCAGGAGGACUGCUGCUGUCCUCGUUCUGCACCGAGAACAUCAGUGCCCUGUACUUCACCUAUGGCAUUAUGUUUGGCCUUGGUGCGGCCCUCGCCUACACCCCCACACUGGCCAUUCUGGGUCAUUACUUUAAACGAUACCUGGGUAAGGUAAGCGGCUUCGUGACCGCCGGCUCAAGCGUUUUCACUGUGAUACUGCCACCCUGUCUGGACAAGCUUCUGGUCAGCUAUAGUCUUGAGGGGACCCUGAGGAUAAUGAGCCUCGUAUCUGCCUUCAUUAUCAUCUGCUCAUUUGUUUAUAAACCACUGCAUCCGCCACCGGAGCCGCCCAAGAAAAAGCCAGGAAGAUCUCGCAUUAAUCUCUUCCUGCGCUCCAUAGUUAACGUAGAGAUCUGGAAGCGCAAGCGUUUCGUCAUUUGGGCUCUUUGCGUGCCACUUGCGUUGUUCGGAUAUUUUGUCCCCUACGUGCACAUGAUGCAGUUUGUGAAGACCACUUUUCCGGGCGAGGAUGUCAACCUACCGGUCAUGUGCAUUGGCAUCACCUCCGGUAUCGGCCGACUUAUCUUUGGCGUUAUAGCUGAUAUGCCUGGUGUGAACCGCAUGUACCUGCAACAGCUGUCCCUGGUAUCCAUUGGGCUGGUCACCCUGUUGCUGCCUUUAACCAACUCAUAUGUGGUCCUCGUUUCGUUCACCCUAGUUAUGGGUCUCUUCGAUGGCUGUUUCAUCUCGCUUCUGGGACCAAUAGCCUACGAAAUCUGUGGUCCCUCAGGUGCCACUCAAGCCAUUGGAUUUCUGUUGGGCCUGAGCUCCAUUCCUUUGACAGUGGGACCUCCAGUGGCUGGCAUGAUUUUCGACAGCACCAACUCCUACACAUUACCAUUCAUCCUCGCUGGUCUGCCCCCACUACUCGGCUCCUCACUACUAUUUUUAAUAAAGUGCGUUAAGGAAGAGGAAAAUGGGCUCAAUGCACCACGAGCGGUUGUUCUGGCCAAUGGAGACAUUGAGAUUGCCGGAAACGGCACCAAGUCCAGCGCACCAUUGAUGGGUGCCACUAAUGGUGUCAAUGGAACCGGAGGAGCAGUUCCAACGAUUCAGAGCAAUGGACACGUGGACAACGGAACCGGUUCGUACCCCGACUCACCUUGGCCUAGCCCUACUAGCAUCUCAGACUCCGCAGCCUGCGACCAUUCCAGUAGCUCGCUUCACACUAACCCGGGCAUUUUGCCCAGCUGCUCACACACCGCUCUGCUGGGCCGGGGCUCUAGCCCCAGCAUGUCCCUGCCCUGACUGACGACCCCAAGAGGCGUCGCUAUAACUAUUCCAUUUACUAACCUACACUGCCUAGUUGUUAGCUGCUAGAACUUCUCUGCUUUGCUUCUGUAAGCCCUUUCUUGGGUUGCCCUUUUGGUGUAGAACGAGAGUUUGUAAUCGAAUAGCAUGACUAAGACGCACUUUUGACCACCCACACCAUACCAACUCCCACGUUUUUAACCCUGCACCUACAUUCCUUGCACCAAAACUUCCCAAACACCCAUUCCUAUUGCCUUCAAUUGCUUUGUAGAUCGUAAGCCUCAUCGACUGGGACCUGCUGUAAAUAAAUGCCUGCUUAUGUCGCAUAUAACUCGCCGAGUGUUUCGGAGUCAUUGCAUGGGCAGGCUCGAAUCUUUCGAUCAGAAAUCACAUUCAACUGUAUUAUCCUGUGCAUCUUUCAGGGAAGCUCGCCGUGACCAACGGAUCGGCGUCGUAGAGAGACGUAGAGAGUCGUCGCACUAACUCAAAAUUCCACAAAACUUUCGCAACCAAUUGAAAAGUUCUGCCAUUUUCAGCUGUAAUCUCGUCGUCGGAGCCCACAGCUUAGCCAGCGCAAAAUCGAGGUGUUCAUUCUUUAUAUAAACCAUAGCAGCACCGCAAAUGUUUCCAAACAUAUUUCCAUUCAUCGGAUCGGUUAAGAUGCCUGUGCACUUCUCCUAUCCUUCAUCGUACGUGCAUAAAUUACCUAGACUAAGGAAUAAUUCGCAAACCAAAUAAACGUAAUAUUUUAAUUUUGGAAAAAUAAUAUAAAAUAUAAGAAAUUACUUUUACUUAUAGUAAA